GGAAUGACGUAUGUCGUUUGUCGUAUCUGUCUGCCAAUCUGCUGUUCUAUUAAUUUUUCUUUUCAAUCACUAUCUUUUCGCGUUUAAAAUAUAAAAUGGCUAAGGCCAUGUACAAGUGUUAACAUUAUUAAUUUAUUAUUUUUACGUUGUGUUAAUGUUUCAAAGUAAUAAGCAAAAAUGAGUGUGUUCAAAUCUGCAAUGGGGUACUUCAGCUCUGGAAGUGCCAACGGGGGCAGUGAUAAUGAUUUUGUUGGUCAAUUUGUCGAAAUCGGAAACAUGAAACUUAGGGUCAAAAAAGUUAUAGCAGAGGGUGGUUUUGCAUUUGUAUUUGUUGCUCAAGAUGUUGCAUCUGGAACGGAAUAUGCCUUAAAGAGGCUAAUGGCAGCGGAUGAGCAGGCCAAUAAAAAUAUUAUACAAGAAAUUAGUUUACUAAAGAAGCUUUCCGGACACCCUAAUAUAAUUAAAUAUAUAGCUGCCUCUUUUAUUGAUAAAACGAAAACAACUCAUGGGAUGAGUGAAUAUUUGUUACUAACAGACUUAUGUAGUGGAGGCAGUCUAAUGGAGGCUUUACAGAACAGAGGGCAAGCAUUCCCCUUACCGACCAUAGUGAGAGUGUUCUAUCAAGCUUGUAAGGCUGUGCAACACAUGCACGUCCAAGUUCCGCCGAUAGCUCAUCGUGAUCUCAAAUUAGAAAAUUUUCUAAUAUCUAAUGAAGGUACAAUAAAGUUGUGUGAUUUUGGUUCUGCAACAACCGAGGUAUAUACCCCCAAUCCCUCAUGGAGUGCAAAUCAAAGGAACAUGCUAGAAGAAAAUCUGGCCCAAUUCACAACACCGAUGUACAGAGCGCCAGAAAUGUUGGACACAUGGGAUAAUAGGAAGAUAGACCAUGCGGUCGAUAUCUGGGCUCUCGGCUGUAUAUUAUACACUCUGUGUUAUAUGCAGCACCCGUUCGAGGACUCUGCCAAAUUAGCUAUACUGAAUGGCAAUUACACUUUGAACCCGAAUGAUCAGCGUUACAAAUGUUUCCAUGAAAUAAUAAGUGGUUGCCUGACGGUGAACCCCGACGUGCGGAUGUCGAUAAGCGGAGUGCUGGAGCGGCUGGCGGCCAUAGCGGAGGCACAAAACGUCAAUAUGAAGCAACCACUCAAAUUUGAGCGUAAAAAAGUUGAACAAUCUGUGGCCACUAGCUCGCCAGGCGUCAAAGACAACGGGCCCACGAUCCCCGAAGCGUCCCGGCCGCCGGAGCCGGCGCGCCCGCCGCCGCCCGCGCGCCCCCCCGCCGCGCCCCACUACGCGCCCGCACAGCCCCCCUCGGGGGGACUGUUCUCCUCGAUCAAAGAUGGCGCUGGCAGCUUCUUGAAGAACUUGAAGGACACUUCUUCGAAGGUUAUGCAGACUGUGCAGCAAUCAAUAGCUCGAGCGGAUUUGGAUAUCAGCUAUAUAACAAGUCGUGUUAUUGUGAUGUCGUAUCCAUCAGACUUACUGGAGAGCGCUUACAAAACCAAUCACAUUGAGGAUGUCCGGCUGUACCUGGAGAGCCACCACCCGGGCGGCAAGUACUGCGUGUACACGGCGCACGACGCGAAGGCGCGCUUCCCGCGGCGGCAGCUGGUGACGGACGCGUCGCUGUGGCCGAGCGACGAGCACCGCGCGCCGCUGCUGGCGCCCUGCUACGCGCUGCUGCAGCACAUGUACCAGUACCUGGGCCGGGACGACAAGAGCGCGCUCGUCAUCGCCUGCCCGGAUGGAAAGUCUCGAUCUGCAAUGCUGUUGUGUGGGUUACUGUUAUAUGCGAAAUUAGUGACCGUACCCGAAGACGCCCUUCAAAUAUUUGCUGUAAAGCGAACACCUAUUAAUAUGACACCGAGCCAAUUGCGAUAUCUGUAUUAUUUGCAUAAUAUUGUCAGACCAGAACCAGUGUUACCUCAUUUCAGACCAGUUUCCUUAGUAUCACUUACAAUACAACCAGUGCCAUUAUUUACUAAAGCAAGAGACGGUUGCCGACCGUACCUAGAAGUGUUCAACGAAGAUAGAAUAAUCUCUCCCCCGUUACGGAGCUACGAGAGUUUGCACCUUUAUAAUAUGGCUGAAGGAAAGGUGACGCUCCCGCUGGACGCGACGGUGGCGGGCGACGUGCUGGUGGUGGCGUACCACGCGCGCCAGCAGCUCGGCCGCCUGCAGCGCGUGCCCAUGCUCGCCGUGUCCUUCCACACCGGCUUCCUGGCGUACGACCAAUGUAUUUUUAUUACAAUUACUCACACAAACCAUCAAACUUCCAGAUCAGAAAUAGACGGCAUAGACGAGUCAUCACCGGUCAACGAACACUUCUCGUCGAACGUAUCAGUGGUGAUAAGCCUCGUGGUGCAGAACGGUGAACGUCGCAAGCCUCGCAGCGAUGUAUGGGAGGAAGACCACUCGUUCGCCAUACGAACACCUGAUGUUCUGUUCUCGACCACGCUGGAGAGAGACGAGACGGUGGAUAACUUUGCUAAUCUCCGAAGGAACCCGCCCACAGUUCCACCAACAAUAACAGCAGACUAUCCGCCACGUGAAGAGAAACGUCCCCAGCGUCCAGCCCCUCCGUCCCCACAGCGUCCCCCACCACCCGCCAACGUACCGACCAUCCCCAAUACAAUUCCAACCAACACCACAAUUCCUACCAAUUCCACCAUUCCUACUGACACAACGGACACAGCUGAUUUCCUGAACCUCAGUAAGCCGCAAGAGGAAGUAAAGCCGAAGGUGUUGAAGAGCGAAGACUCGUUUGACUUCUUCGGCAUGAUGGAGAAACCGGCAGAUGAAUCGUUUGGCGACUUCCUGAGCAAGAAAGUUGAGGAUAAUCCAGCGCCUUUCUCUGAGAAUAUAUUUGGAGAUCUCCCGCCCCCGCCCGCCUCGACCGCCGCAGCUAACUCUAGCGAUAUUAACUUCGACCCGUUUGGAUUGAAUGACCCUCUGCCUAAACAGGAACCUCUGCUGACCCCCCAAUUGAUUAAAGAGGAAGGUCGAUCGCAAAGCGUGCCACUCGAAAAGGCCCAAGCGCGCCAAGACCCGUUCGCUGAUCUCGGUUCCUUAGGUACUGGAUUGAAUACUGGAUCCAAUGCCAGUAACAUUGGCCAAAAUAUUGGACAAGCACCAAGUGUCCCUCUCACUUCGGCCAGCGUCGGUCCGAAUGUGAUCCCAACCGUCCCUCCAAGUAACGCCGGCGUUGGUGCAUUUGCGGCCAACGUUGGUGCCACACCCAUCACUACACCAAGGGCGUCCCCCGCACAUACACCUUCGCAUCGAGCGCAGACGCCACAACAACCUGAUUAUAGCCGCAGUCACUUCGACCCCCCAAAAGCUCCCGGCGAGGAGAAGGCCAAGAAGCCGAUGGACGUGUUCGGUGACCUCCUCGGUAGUCAGGGGUACGACUUUGCGAAGCGGGACACCGGACCCAAGACCAUGAAUGCGAUGAGGAAAGAGGAGAUGGUCAAAGAAAUGGACCCGGACAAACUGAAAAUUCAUGAAUGGACGGAGGGCAAGAAGGCGAACAUCCGCGCGCUGCUGUGCUCGCUGCACACGGUGGUGUGGGCGGAGUGCCGCUGGGCGCGCUGCGACAUGGCGCAGCUCGUGUCGCCGCACGACGUCAAGCGCAACUACCGCCGCGCCUGCCUCGCCGUGCACCCCGACAAGCAAAUGGGUACACCGAACGAGAACAUAGCAAAAAUGAUAUUCAUGGAACUGAAUAACGCGUGGAGCGAAUUCGAAAAUGACGCUAAGCAACAAAACCUAUUUCAAUCUUAAAAGAUGUUCAAAGGGUAUCGAAAUUAAGGUCUUCAGUGUAACUUCCAAAUCAGUUGAUAAACAUUUAUAUUUCAUUAUUUUUAGUAUUCCUUCAUUAUUUAAACCGCGUAAAUUAUAUUCUUUAGUUUAUAAAAAGCGCUCGACUCAAUUUUUAUUCUUAUGUUUUUAUAUCCGUUAAAUAUAAUUUAUAACACUCUAAUUUAAAUAUAACAAUUUCAAAUGGCGUUCCAUCUUCGUAUUUUAUUUUUAGAGAGUACUUACAUUUUACUUAAUCAUAAAUGAGGGUAGUCAAAGGUAGUCCACAGCUAUUAUUUAUGAAAAAAAAAAAAAUUAUUAGUGUCGUACCAUCAUUGCCUUUUAGUUCGCUGCAGUAAUUGUUGAAGAUGUGCUUAAAUAGUUAGCGUAUGUAUUCAGAAGAUUCCAUUUUUGUUAAAUGCCCUCUUUUAUUUUAUUAUGAUCGUCAUAUCUUCGAAUCGUGGGCUCGUUUUUCUUUAUGUAACGAACUUAACUUGUGUCAGUUGUGAAAAUUAAUGCUUAGCAUAAUUAUUGCUAGAAUAAAUAAUAUACUCAACAUUUAUAGACUUAAUACGUAAUUAUGAACUAGUUGAAAUAAAAUGACGGAUAGACAAAUGUCCCAAAUUUAAACAGAGUAUUGUAUAUAACGUUAAUUCGCUUUUCAAUUAAUUAAAAUAAAUAGAAUUACAUAUUAUAUCUUAAAAAUAAUUAAUACAUCGCUAUUUAUCUUCGUUCUUUCUGGCAACGUAUAAAAAAUUAUAUUGCGAAUAUUCUUAAUCAUAAUUUCACGAAAAUGUUUAAGUAUAGUUAGAUAAAUAUAGGCUUUGAUAAAUUAUUAUUAUAGUUUGCGGGGAUAAAAUUCUAUUUAUUCUUUAAAUUAGUUUAAAAUUUUAUAAUUCUUCUAGACAAAGUCUGAACUGGUACUUAUGUAAAAUAUUAAGUAACUUAAACGUUAUAGUCGUGUUUUUUCUUGUAUUCGAAAUUCGUUAAUUAGAUCGUUAUAAAUACAAGUACAUAGUAAAAAUAAACGUUUCUCACGUGUAGCGUAUGUCGUAGAAGUUAUAUUUUCUCAUUGUAUUAGUGUUAAGUGCGCGUGAUGGAAUAUUUAGUAUUAUGUUCAUAAUCCAAAUAAGAGAUGGUGAACAGUUCUGGUGGUUGAAAAUAUUUAGAUGUCAUUGAGCUUAUAGUGGGAAAAUUUCAAACAUUCCGUUUUCCCGUCCUUAGAUAAAUAUAAUUUUGUCUAUAUUUCAAGCUUGUUAGAAAUGUCCCAAUAUAACGUAAUAGCUUAUUUAUGAACGAAAAAAUAAAAUGUAUAUUUUGAACUGCAAAAUUCAUGUUGCAUUUAGAAUAAUGCAAUUUAUAAAUGUUUUAUAUGUAACAGCCCUCUUAUUUAAACCUGUGCAAUUGUUCCUAGUGUUAGAACUCUUAUAGAUGCUUUAUGGCCUACAAUGUGUAAUUAUAUAACAAUGAGUAAGGCCGCGGGGACACGUUACGUGUAUCCAAUCUGUGUAUAAUUUGCUUUAAUCAAGUAUAUAAAAGUAACAAAGUUGUUCGAAAAUAAAUAUGGCAUACAU